GAAGCCAGCAGCUACCAAGGGUGGCAAGAGUGGCAAGCCUACCGAGAUUAAGGAGUACGAGGAAAAGUACUGGAUGAAUGCAUAUGGCCAGCUCAUUCGAAUUGAUCCGGAUAACCCAGAAGAACCUACUGCUUGCAAUAACAUGGCUCGUACCAAGAAGAAGGCUCAUGGACCCGUUGAUCCCAAUGGUCGCUUCAUCGGUCGUCACUUGGUCAAUUGGCAUCGUAAGUCUCCAUCUUCAAACUUGCGUGCAUCUCCUUCUUUUUCGCAGGUUCUACAAACUGACGCCAUCUAGGUCCUCGUAUGAUGGAGAAGUUGGUCCUCAACAUUCAAUUCGAGUGUCACAAGGCCGGCAUCCAAUUGCCAUGGGACAAGAUUGUUCAUAGGCUCAACCCAGGAUCUAGCGGACCAGCGGCGACUCAAAUGCUGAACAAGAUGCGAGACAUCUUGAUCUGUGAGGGUCACUUGAUCCCACCUGCCAUGGGUAAGAGAACCAUGAAGGUAGACCCAAUGGUACGAGGCUAUGUUCGUGACUUGACCAAGCAAGACCCACGAGCUGCCCGUAUCCUCUACUGGACCGAACCCUACGAGAACGCCAAGUAUAGCUUGGAUUGGGGCACCACGCUUGGCUCGGGCCAAUAUCGUAAACUUCUGAAGAACCCCAAGGUUGAAGAAGAUAGCGAUGAUGUCGAAAAGCCUCGCCUCUUCCAGCUUCCUUCAAGCAAUGCUAAUCCCCGCCAACGCAUCCCCACUGGAGGAGGCGACAUCCGUCGUGCCAAGCCUACUCCACGCAAGUCUAGAGCAAAGAUAGUUAGCAGUGACGAGGAGGAUGAGGAUGAGAUUGAGAUUAAGCCUGAAGAGCUCGACCCUGAUGAUGACUGGAGCCCAGAGGCUGGCAAGAUGAAGAAGACGAAAGGUGGCCGCAGAAAAGUCGCUGUUCGUACCCGAAUUACGCGUCUCACCGAGUCAGAGUCGGAGGGGGAGUCCGUUCAUCACUCUUCGUCAUCUGGUAGCCCUACUCCCUCGUACAUCGUCAAGUUGCCCAUCAGAGUCCCCGAAUCUGUAGGUAACACCAAUCGUCGCCAACGAGCCGUCGCACGCAAUACCCUUGGCAGCGAAGACGAGAAAGAUGAUGCCAUGAAUGACCAUGCCAUGAAGAUGGAGGAAGACGCCGAGCAUGAGGUCGAUUCUGAUGGCAACGAGGACUUUGAAUCUGGAGCUGGUGGUGAUCGAGAAAUGGAUUCCACGACCAUGUCAUCUGGUAAUAACAGUCAGGCCUAUUCUGGUGUCUACAGUUCCCAAGCUCCCAUGUACCGUGUAUGUAUUAGCCGCAUCGCUUGUUUGUGCGGAACAAAACGCUAACAGAAUCUGAGGGUGCUCUUCCAAAUCCCGGACGUGCUCCUCCAGCCAUGGGCCAGCUUGUUGGUUCUGUUUCUCGUGUUUCCAUGCAGCCCAAUAUGUAUACUGCGCCUGCUCCAGGCAUGUACCAAGGUCAAAGCAACCACCACAUGAACUACAUGUCCCAAACCGACUUCUAUGGUAAUAGUGUCACGAUGCAGCA